ACUCCUGCUACUGCUGUACAGAAACGUGAAGCACAAAUAAACAAGAAAGAGAUACGCGAAUAUAUUACCGCCAUCGAGGAUAAUGUCAUACACUCCACCAAUCCAGCUCCCACACAGUUAGUCAUCCCCUUGAUUCAUAGUAAACAUGGGAUUCGGAGACGAAUGCAAGCUGCAACUCGUUCAGCCACUUCCACAACAGAUGCGCUCACUCAACAGGCGUUGGAGGAACUAGCGGCCGCUGCCCAGUGCACUUGUAGAUUCGGAUGCGGUAGGUUGCUCCAGUUUAAUAUUUACCUUUCUCAGUCCGGAGAAGUAAACUACGAGGCGAUUCCGGUGGAAUCGUUCGGUCUAGCUGCCCUGGCUGGGAUGGGCUUCAAUCCGGAAGACUUAAAGUCGGCAACUGGGCAACCUAUCGGUUCCAUUCGCCCUAAAGGGCUCGGAUUGGGUGCAGAUCCGCGAGUCCUACAAACGCCGAAGCCGGAGGAAAACGAUGAAUCUAAGAAGAAGUUGGAAUGGACUACAGGAGCUCAUUGUCAGGCCGUAUUGGGGAAAUACAAAGGAAAAUACGGGACGAUCAAUGGAAUGGACGGUGACACUGGACGAGUUAUCGUCAAGUUUACAAUUUCCAAGGAGAUCGCCUCCGUCCUUCAGCCCAUGCUGCGUCUUGUCCCUGAAAAGGAAUACAGCAAGUAUGCGAACUGUUUGAACCAAUCAGAAGUGGAUUUAUACAAAGCGGAAGAGGAACAACUGCAGCAACAGGGAGCAGCCGAUCCAUGCAAGUCUUUCUCAUCCUACAACGACCGAUUUCCCUACAGCAAGAUAGAGCGGGAUUCCUACGUACCGCCUCAUAAACCCAGUCAUCAGCCCAAACCCCACGACCCAUAUUCAUGGGUUCGACCCAAACUAUUGGUCAGACUUCUGGACCGUCACUAUCUGAAUGGAAAAUACUACAGACAAAAAGUCACUAUCACCAAAGUGGAUUCUGGACUUUGUACCUGUGUGACACGAUCCGGAGAAGUACUUGAAGGAAUCCACCCAAAGUAUCUGAAGACGGUGAUCCCCGAAUGCAAUAAUACAAUGGUCAUGAUCCUUCAUGGGCCUCGUAAUGGAGAGAUGGCCAAGCUGAUGGAAAGACACUUGGAAACGAAUGAGGUUGACCUGCGAACACGGGCAGGGACAAUGAUAUCACUCAGAUACGAUCAAAUAUGCAUGGUUUCUGACUGACUUACAUUUGGACUCUUACACCAUUCCCCGUCCCCAAUGUAAAAAAACCCCAUCUCUUUUAAAUACAUUGUCAGCGA